GUCCGGCAGCGGGCGUGUCCCGGGCGGGCGCGCGCUGUCCGGGCAGCGAUGGCGGACGAUGGGCAGGGGCGGCUCAGGACUGAAGGCGGCCGGGGUGGCGGCGCGGCUGCGGCGGGCGGCCAGAUGCUGCUGAGCAUUGGGCUGCUGGCGCUAGCGCUGCUGGCGGCCUACAGGCUGUACCUGCGCUGGGGGACACGAAGCGGGCCGGGAGGCUCGGCCCGGAGGGGCGAGGCCGCCCCGCUGCCGCGCAUGAAGCGCCGGGAUUUCUCCCUGGAGCAGCUGCGCGAGUUCGACGGCGCCCGCAACCCUCGCAUCCUCUUGGCUGUCAACGGCAAAGUCUUUGACGUGACCAAAGGCAGCAAGUUCUACGGGCCCGAGGGUCCAUAUGGAAUAUUUGCUGGCAGAGAUGCCUCCAGGGGACUAGCAACUUUCUGUCUAGAUAAAGAUGCACUCAGAGAUGAAUACGAUGACCUAUCGGACUUAAAUGCUGUACAGAUGGAAAGUGUAAGAGAGUGGGAAAUGCAGUUUAAAGAAAAAUAUGACUACGUAGGUAGACUCCUAAAACCAGGGGAAGAACCAUCAGAAUACACAGAUGAGGAAGAUACCAAGGAUCACACUAAACAGGAAUGAACUUUGUAAACAACCAAAGUCAGGGGCCUUCGGAACUGCAACCUCUUAUCCCCAUCACAGAAUGUCCUGCAUCUUUGGGUACAGUUCAUCUGCUGCGAAAAACAUUCAACAGGUUUUGUAUAAGGAUAUACUCACAAGUGAAGAUUUGAAUACUAGACAUUCUUUGUGCUGCCAAAUUUUUUGUUGCAGUUUAUUUGUAAUGUCUGGUUAGGCUUCGUUAGGGAAGAGGGGCCAGGGAUUUAAAGGCAAAAAUGCUAUUCCUUUUUAUCAGUAAGCUGAAGCCUUCAAGUAGUAUAUCUUACAAGUUCUCUAAAAGAUGUGAGUCUUCAAGCUCAGAGGAAGGGUUGAAUCUUGUGUCGUGUGUUUCUCCUCUAGCAUUAAAGAUGUACUCAUGCACAUCAGCAGCAGUAGGUUAGACUACUGAAGCUGGUGCUAAAAUGUGAAUUUCCAAUUUUGUUUUGUAUGUGGGCGUUAGUGGCCUCAGCAGAAUACUUCAGUUCUCUAAGAGAAGUCCAUGUAGAUUAGGAUGGGGAUAAAGUUCAUCCUUUUCUCAGAAGGAUUGGAUAAAACCAUUUCCUCUGCAACAACUACUAUCUGAAGCCUGCCUCUCCCCCCUUUUCCCAUCCUCUAAAUCAAAUCAAAUAUUAAUUGUGCCUUAUUUCGCUUACAUAGACUUGAAUUGUUUUAAGGGACAGCCCCCAAAUUGCGGUUUCAUAGUCACUACAAGCAGCAUUGAGACUGAAGUUGGAAUGUUCUGUUGACUGGAAAGCCUUGAUGUCAUUCUGUGUAUAGAAUGUAAAAGAGGAAUACUCAGUGUUACUGCCAUAUGUUAAUACUACAUAUACUUAAAUUAGCAUUGUGAUGGCCAAAUGCAUACUCCCAUGCUUCUUUUUAAUGAAUUACAAACACACAAAAAAGUCACCCUUCCUCCUUUUCCAGAAGCUGCCUAACUUUUGGGAGCAUAGCCUUCACACCCCUGUAGAACGAAGGGGCGUUGCGCGCGUGUGUCUGUGUGUGUGUCUGUCUGAAUGCAAGAUGUGGGAGGGAUUGUUUCUGCAGAUAUUGUAAAUACAAGUACCAUUUUAAUAAAGCAUGUACAAUACCA